AUGGUAGAAAGAUUAUAAGAUUUAGAAUCUGAAUGUUUAAGAGAAGUUUAAGAAGAAACUGGAAUCAAUGUAUUACCAAUUUUAAAUAAAAUGGAACUUAAAGUUUUAUAUGAAUCAGUGUAUCCAACUUAAUUAUAAGUUGGUUAGUUUCCAUAAAAAUAAACACUCUGUAUAUUUUAUGAAGUUAAAUUAAAUGAAUCAUGCAAUAACAUUAAAGUAAAAAUUUAAGAGAGUGAAGUUGAUGAUUUUAAAUGGAUUCCAAAAAAUUAAUUAUUAGAUAUAAUGAAUGUAUCUACAAAUGAUUAAUAAUAUAAAGAAAUGAGUGGGAUUUAUCCUAAUUAAUAUGGAUCAGGAAUUGGAGAAGGACAUAUUAAGGCAUUUAUGAAUAGUUAUAAGAAUUGA